CGCCGCGCGAUCAUCAGCCGAAAGAUUGCUGACUAGGUCCACCUCAAUUGAAUCUAGACGUCAGCCGACGAUUCCAAAGUUUACCGAGGUCGCGACUCGCCGAAAAUCAUCGAGAAAUCGAAUGAACGUGUUAUUUUAGUCCGGAAAACACAGGAGAGAGUGAUUUGUUGUAUCCUGAAAUUUUCGAAAUCGGGAAUUCAUUUAUCUCCAAUAUUCAGCACAAUGUACAAGGUUGGAGGGCACCUCGGAUUAAACUGUCGCUAUUUGAUCUUCAUUUAAGAUUCUGCAGGUGCAGCUGUUCGGAGAGAGGAGAGAAAUAAUCUUUCGACGUCCCCUUCUGAUCCGCGACGCAGUCGUGAAUUAAUUGGUCGAAGAAUAAUUUUUCGUGUGGUGAAAAAAGUGAAAAACAAAUAAUAAUUAUAACAACGGAGCACCGAUGUACCUUGGCACAGUGCUGCACGCGAGUACUCGUUAAUCGACUGAAUUCGAGUGGGCGAUAAAAAUCCUCCGAUUAGUUCGCGAUUCAAAGAAAUUCGAAAAAUAAUUUUUUUCGAAUCGAGAUUCUGCUAGAGUCCAAAAAUCAAAGUUCUUAUCAAAAAUCAAUCGAGUCGACGAUCCUCCACUGCCACCAAAAAAAAUACUCAAUCGCCGCUCUUUCAUUUUACAAUCCCUUUGCAUAUUUGCACAUCCAAAACUAAGUGAUCACCAAUUGAAUUGAUUGUCCAACCCCGUGAAGCCCCCCGCGUAUUAUUUAUUAUUUCUACACACAAAUCAAAUUCUGGCAUAAAAUUAUCACGUACAUAAUUUCCGAUAAGCCGAAUGAUAUCGUAACUAGGUGACAUAAUCUAUAAAGGGAAGUGGCGCGAAACGGCAGCUCAUUACAGUGGUAGCGUUAUGAGGAACGUGCGAGGUGGUUUGCCGGUUGUAGGCCUCACAUUCGGGGUCCUACUGGCUCUCGGGGGCCGAUCGGUGGCCCAAAAUACGGCCGAAAAGGAAUGGUGGACGAACACAAUCACUUACCAAAUCUGGCCGAGAUCCUUCCAAGACAGUAACGCCGAUGGAGACGGGGAUAUUCAGGGAAUAAUAAAACGCCUGGACCACUUCGUGGGGUUGGGAGUGGAGACGAUAUGGUUGAAUUCAUUCUACCCUUCGCCCGAAGCGAACUUCGGAUACGGUAUUUCGGAUUUCAAAAAUGUCUCAUCGGUAUACGGAAAUCUUGAGGAUUUCGAGGCACUCGUAACUGCAGCUCACGACCGCGGUCUCAAGGUCAUCAUCGAUUACAUCCCAAAUCAUUCGAGCCUCGAGCACCGCUGGUUCAAGGAUUCCGUCGACCGAGUGGACCCAUAUACCGACUACUAUGUCUGGCGCAAUGGAACUUUAAACGCGACCGGACAGAACUUACCACCGAAUAACUGGGUGAGCUGGCAGUCGACCGAAGAAGGAUCGGCGUGGGAAUGGCAUCCCGUUCGCGAACAGUGGUACCUGCAUCAAUUCACUGCAUGGGAACCCGACUUGAACUUGAGAAACGAGAAUCUCAUCACCGAACUUUUGGAAGUGCUUGACUUCUGGUUGGAAAAAGGUGUGGACGGUUUCUACGUGAGCUCGGUUCCUCACUUUUUCGAGGACGAAAAUUUCGCCGACAAUCCUACGAACUCUCUAACCAGCACCUUUGGAUUGGCGGAGAAUGUUGCUCUGCUUCACAUUUUCCGGGAACACAUAGAUUCGUGGGCGACGAAUAACAAUUCCUCGUCAAAAUUCCUUGUCGCUGAAGGAUUCGAGGAUGACGAGAAAUUGCUCACAUAUUUUGGCAACAGCACCCACGCCGGCAUAGCCCCGGUGAACAUCGACUUCAUUACCGUUAUCUCCAAGAAGAGCAACGCUACUCAUAUAAAAGAAACAAUCGACGCAUGGAUAUCGUCACUCCCGAAGAAUGAAAUAUCCAACUGGAAGCUCUCGAAUCAGGACCAUUCACGCGUCGCGAGCAGAUUCCGUUUCAACAGUGCCGACGGUAUCAACAUGCUAAUCCUGUCGUUGCCCGGACGCGUUUUUACCUACUACGGUGAGGAAAUCGCGAUGCUGGACAACAAGGAGAUCACGUACGCUCAGACAGUCGACCCGGUCGUUUGCCAUUCUGAUGCAAAUGAGACCGCUCCGGUUUCCAAAGACCCUUACAGAACACCAAUGCAAUGGGACGCUAGCGAAAACGCAGGGUUCACGAUUAACGCUACCGCUUAUCUUCCCGUCAACUCUGAUUACCUUAAUAGAAAUGUGGAAUCGCAAUUGUCGAGCGAACGAAGCCAUAUCAAAACCUACAAAGCGGUCGCAGCAUUGAGAUCUGAACCUACAUUCGUUCACGGGGACUACGAGAUCGAAUCUCUCAACAAUGAUCGAGUACUCGUCCUCCGAAGAAACUUGACCGACAGUCCAACGUACGUAUUGGUGAUCAAUCUCAGCCUGGGUAGACACACCGUAAACCUUUCGGAAGCAUUCUCAGAUCUCCCGGAAAAUCUGAACAUCGUUGUUCGCGCCACCAACACCAUUUUGUCUGGGGUCGUGAAUACCACCGAAUUUACUCUGACAGCUGAGGCCGCAGUGCUCCUGACGGACGCUGAAGAGGAGAUAACCACCACCACCCCCUUGCCGACGGAAGAUACCGAACCCGAUGACAUUUUGUCAACAACGACCCCUGGUUCGAAUGAAACAACGGAAACAACGGAUCCUGACAGCGGUGGGGCUAAUGCGAUAUCCCCAACCGCAGUGGGCAUUGCUAUUAGUAUAUGCUUUUCUAUCGUAUCGUUCUACCAUAAAAUGUGAAUAUUUAUACCUACAUACGUUAGAGAGGGAUGAGAAUAAAUGUCUAUUUUAUUACAUCUAGAAAUAAAUAGUCAUAUUUUUUCGUAUACGUGUUAUCAGUUCCGACGGUAGUAGUAGUAGUAGCUUUAGUCUCAUGAUACGUCACAGUAAUUAACGGUAUGGUGAUUAAAAUGUAUUUCAAUACUCCUCACAAAUAAAACCUGAACGGUGAACCUUAUAUUCUUUCGAUAUCUCCGAGUUCGUGGACGAAUCAAUAGUUCGUACCUACGUAUGUACAUACAUUUCGUACAUUCGAUCAAGUCAAAUUUUCACACGUAGAAUGUGUGCCGAGAUCGCGAAGGAACAUUUCAUCAGAACCGUCGCAGCACCACCCGCGUUCGGUGUUUAAAUAAUGGAGUCAUCGUACGGUUGUGAGAUCAAAUGACCUACGCGUUCAGUGUUUGUUCUCAUUUGACGGCAAAACGACAAUCCACGUCGCAAUUUUUCUGAAUAAACAAUGAGAUCAACCUUCAGAGGGCUUCCGUAGGUGAUUCGGUGUUAUCUUCCUGAACCACUCUAAUUUUCACUCGACAAACUGUAAACUGAAUUUACUUGUGCCCUGGUUUUUUUCGAUAGAAGUGAACAUUGAUCAGGUGCUCUGGACAGAAAUGUUAUUUACAUAGUUUUUGCGCCUUGGAAAUCGUACAAAAAUUACGCUAUCUCCGUACACCCAUGUCAGCGAACUGAAUCACACUCUGGAACCUACCGUGCAUGUAUACCCACAUUAAUUUCAGAUGUGGAUAUGAACGAAGGAAUACUUUCUGCUAAUUUGAUCGAAUAAUAUACAAAGUUGCAUAUUGGUACCAUCCUGUCGUGAAAUCGCCUAAAUAAGGAAAGAUAGAUGGCAAAAUCAAAGCGUGCGACUCGCUCACUCUGCCGAACGUUAUUUUCUUCUUUUCGAUACACUGAACUCCUAAGCUGAUCUCCAUCAGUUUAUCUUUUCUAAAUGAACUUCUUUCUCAGAGCUCACGGAAACGCACUCUGUCCCAAAUCCCAACGCUUCGUCUCAGCAUUCGUGUUAUCGCAGACAGAAAAACUCACCACUCUCGACAAUAAAUCAGAGCUGUGUGAUCUACUGCUGUGCUUCAUUACCGUACGAAUAUUCAUUUUUCCCUUACUACCCGUUAAUCAAUUUAAUACCUCGUAUCAAGGGCCGUACAAUAAAUAGUAGGUAUAUCAUCUACCACGAGUCAGUAUUCGAAUAUUCAACCAUCAUUCCGAACGAAGGAUUUGUUUUUAUUUUGGUCAGAAGUCCUCAGAGUCUGAGAAACAUACGUCGUGGCACAGAUCUCGUAGUCAUUGCGUAGAACGAACGUCGAGUUCAAACGAAACUUGGUCAUUGGUGCUUCUGGGUGGCUCUUGAUUGGCCCAUCGAUGAGGAAUAGGGGGACGAGUAUACAAAACGAUACGCUUGCGCAGCGGAGUUAGUCGUUUUCCGUACUUCGAAUCGUCUGUUUCGUCUCCACGAAACUCUUCGUAAAUUCGAGAAUAUCUGAUGAAAUCGGAUUCCAGAACCUUUGAUAAUCGAUUGGAGGACCUCACGUCAUCUGAGCAUAUAACGCGGCGCAAUUCAGUGAACUCUUAGUGGUAAUACGACGUAUGAGAUUUAGUGAAAACUGCUCGGUUUACUGCGUCGCCAAGUGGCCCCUGAUCGGUUCGACCACUGAGGCCACUGAACUAUAUCUCUGACGCUGAGGAGGUAGAUUACUGCGCGCGCACAACUGCGCAUUGCGCAGCGACGCCAUUUUCUCGUCGAGCUUGGCAUCAUCUAUUCCGUUCCGCUGGCCUCGCUUGCAGCAACUCAACAUAAGCAUCAGAAGUCCUUGUUCCGUAGCGUAAUUAACAUGGGUAUCUCCGCAGUUGAUCUGAAGUGGUGCCUACGAAAAUCUGACACCGUGAACAUCCGUACCGGACUUUCUUGAUGCGUAAAAUGGUUCCAAUCCGCCAGACUGGUCCGUAAGGGGGGAGGGGGCCCGGCAUCUAGUGGUUUGCAUAGGGCUCAUGGCGAUCGUUCCACUAAAAAAAAAAAAAAAAAAAAAACGAAACGAGCCGAGGACGCUACCUCAAUUAAGGUGGUUUGGAAACGCGUCUUUGCAUGUAUUUUGAUUAUGAAUAUCUCAUAGACACAAUAUUUUUAUUUUGUGUAAUUGAUCUACCCACAUUCAAACUUCACGAAAUUUAGGUAUGUUGGACGUGAAGCGGAAAAUCAAAAAUUCAUUCACGAACCUUUGACCGCAAUUAUACAGGGACUGUUGCAGAGGAUUCUAAGACCUUAUCUCCAACAUUGAUUGUCUAUAAAUGUAAAAUCCAUUCCAUUGUGAUUUGAUCGAUUUCAAAGUAUUUCCUUCACCUAUCAAUAAAAUCUUUCUAUUGUUCUAGAA